CCUUUGUCACGUGACCCACCGAAGGCGGCAGCCUCGGAGCGCGCUUCAGCGCGUCACUGAUCAGGUGACGAGGGGACGGUCCUGACGGAUGACAGCCCCGGGGUCAGGGGCCGCGGCGAAGAGCCCGGCGCUCAGUGGCUCGUUAGAGAUGCUGCGGAACGGGUCUGUUGGGGCCUCGUCACCUUCCAGCGGCGCAUCCGCCGCCUCCCGACCUGUGCGCGUCUGGUGCGACGGAUGCUAUGAUAUGGUGCAUUAUGGGCACUCCAACCAGCUGCGCCAAGCUCGGGCGAUGGGGGAUUAUCUUAUUGUGGGAGUCCAUACAGAUGAGGAAAUCUCCAAGCAUAAAGGUCCUCCUGUCUUCACACAAGAAGAGAGAUACAAAAUGGUGAAAGCCAUCAAGUGGGUAGACGAGAUUGUGCCGGGAGCUCCCUAUGUUACAACGCUAGAAAUUCUGGAUAAAUAUAACUGUGACUUCUGUGUUCAUGGAAAUGACAUCACGCUCACUGUGGAUGGCAAGGACACUUAUGAAGAAGUGAAGAAUGCUGGGAGAUACCGGGAAUGUAAACGCACUCAGGGAGUGUCCACCACAGAUCUGGUUGGCCGUAUGCUGCUCAUGACCAAGGCCCACCACAGUAAUAUUGAUGAAGAUAUGGAUUAUCGGAAACACAAAGACAACUUUGGGAAGGGUCCUAAAGGUCACAGCCCCUGGACUGGAGUUUCUCAGUUUCUGCAGACAUCCCAGAAGAUCAUCCAGUUUGCAUCAGGCAAGGAGCCACAACCAGGGGACACCAUCAUCUAUGUGGCUGGUGCCUUUGACCUCUUUCACAUUGGUCAUGUGGAUUUUCUGGAGAAAGUGCACAAGUUGGCAGAGCGACCGUAUAUCAUUGUGGGGCUGCAUUUUGACCAGGAGGUGAAUCUGUACAAAGGCAAGAAUUAUCCCAUCAUGAACGUGCAUGAACGAACUCUCAGUGUUCUGGCUUGCAGGUAUGUUUCGGAGGUGGUGAUUGGAGCACCUUAUGCAGUCUCUGCUGAUCUGCUGGAUCAUUUUAAGGUUGAUCUUGUAUGCCACGGGAUGACUGAGGUGGUACCAGACAGGGAUGGGUCAGACCCAUAUGAGGAACCAAAGAGACGCGGUAUCUUCCAGCUGGUGGACAGCGGCAACGACCUCACCACAGAUCUGAUAGUGGAACGAAUAAUUAAGAACAGGUUGGAAUUUGAAGCCCGAAACCAGAAGAAAGAAGCAAAGGAACUGGCUGUGCUGGAAGCCAUGCAAAGAAGAGAGAAGGCCAAGCAGAAGACACCUCUACCCAGCCAAGAAGACCAUGAGAGCUAGCAUGGGGAGGAGUGCAGCAGAAUCCUCCCUUCCUGGAGCUGCAAAUUUUUCCUGGAGGAUAGGAUACUGCUGCCAGCCACAAUAAGGCCUGAGGUCACUAUUCUCCUGGCUUCCAUUGCACCAACUGCAUUUGGCUAUCCAGGGUGCUGCUGCUAGUUAGCCCAGACCAACUUCCUGUGGGAAGAUUUUUAACAUUGUCUUCCCAAUAACAGUUUUUAAAUUCAAUUAACAUAACACUGUGUGGUUUUACCUUCUGACAUAUCAGAGCUGGGGAGUGGGGUCAUCUCUGCUCACCUUUUUUACUCUUUACCUUUUAAGGCAUCCCUAAAAUUUCUGUCUGUCAGAGAUAAUUUGGUAACCUUUGAAGUUGUCCUUCCCAGCCUGGCUCAUUGCUUAAAGCACUGAGUUGGGCCAGAUGCCCUUGGGCAUUUACUGGGCACAAAGAGAAAAAAGCAGUUUAAAGCCAGUCCGCUGCUGUUUCCACUGCCUUGCAUUUGGUAUGUUUCCAGUCUGUUACCAUGGAUGGUGCUUAGACAGCCCUGGGCUUCCCCACUGACAGACUGCAUCCUGCCUCUGCUGCACUCAGGCCAUGUUUAUUGAUCAGGUUGUCAACAAAGCAACAGAAGGAUGGGGCUAUAAUGCUAUAUAUUGCCACAGCGUUAAUAAGUAUGGUAUAAAUGUUCUGGAGAUCUCACUACAGCCUUGAUACAGCGGGUGCCUGACACUCUUCCGCAAUAUGGAAAUGCUUUGUUAACUACCAAGCUGGAUGUCACUUGACUGAAGCCCCUUUUCUCAUACGUUGUAGGGAGCACAUUGGGGUUAAGUGUAAAGAUCAAGUUGUUCUGUUCUCUGGCAAGCUUUUUUUCUAUCAAUCUUAUAUCUUUUAAGCAGUGAAAAUUAAUAAAAUGUUGAUAACUUG